ACCAAUAAAAACACACAACCAAUAGAAAAUUUGGGAAAAAAAAAAAACAAAAAAACAAAAAAACAAGAAACAAGAUACCGCUCAUCACGUUGUGCGCUCUCUCUCUACCCUAUCUUCUUUCUCGGUCUUCUCUCUCUCUGCUGUCUCCUUUCCUUUACAACCACCGCGUUCUUUCCCAACUAUACCCUCACUACCCUCCACUUUUUCAACAAACCGCGUCUUUCCAGGGGCAAACCCGUCAUUCGAACUACCCCAUUCUGCUUCUUGUACACCCUUUACUCUGUGUGGGAGCAAGUGAUGCCCCGGCUAGAAGCAUGGCUGAGAACAACGGGGAAGAGAAAUUACUCGCUGUGGCGCGACAUAUAGCUAAGACGCUGGGCCACAACACCAACAUGGCUGAUGAUAUACUCCAAAUAUUUUCGAAUUUUGAUGGAAGGUUCUCGAAGGAGAAUUUAGCAGACAAGGUUGCAGAUGGUGAUCCCAGGGCCUGCGCCGCACUUGAUCAUUCCCUGAAGUCUCUUGACCGUCGGAUCUCACAGUUUGUGUCAUCCGACCGUCCGAUCUGGGCCGACUCCGCCGACGCUGUUGCUUUUCUUGACGCCGUUGACGAGCUCGUCGCCGCCGUCGCCGAGUGGUCGCAGCUCUCAACAGACAAGGCUUUUGGCGCGUGCCUCGCACGUGCCGAGGACAUGCUGCAGCACGCCAUGUUCCGACUCGAGGAUGAGUUCCGGUCGCUCAUGGAGCGCGCUGGAGAGUCUUUUGACCUGACUCCGCCGUACCGAAACGGCGUCGAGUCGGUGGAGAAUAUUCCAUUCGAUUCGGAGGAAGAGGAGAACGAGCUGGAGACGGCAGUGAACGACGGAGCAGAAGAGGAUCAGAUCCCGGUGGCUCUGCCCGUGACGGACUACGACAUCGUAAUCGACGCGCUCCCCGCGGGGACGAUCAACGAACGUAUACAGCAGUUGCAGGAGGGAGUUCUUGGAGGAGAGUCUCUCACGAUUAGGGUUACAGAAGCUGAGCAUCGAGGAGGUUCACAAGAUGCCAUGGCAGGACCUCGAGGACGAGAUCGAGAGGUGGAUUAAGGCCUCCAACGUCUCCCUCAAGAUCCUGUUCCCGAGUGAACGAAGACUAUGCGACCGUGUGUUCUUUGGAUUCUCCGCCGCUGCUGACCUCUCCUUCAUGGAGGUUUGCCGCGGAUCUACAAUUCAGCUUCUGAAUUUCGCGGACGCUGUCGCUAUCGGGAGCCGCUCGCCUGAGCGGCUGUUUAGGAUCCUCGACGUGUUUGAAACACUGCGUGACCUCAUUCCGGAAUUCGAAGCCCUGUUCUCGGAUCAGUACAGCGUUUCGCUCAGGAACGAAGCAAUUACUAUUUGGAAGAGGUUGGGGGAAGCAAUUAGGGGAAUUUUCAUGGAGCUGGAGAAUCUAAUUCGCCGCGAUCCGGCUAAGGUUGGGGUUCCCGGUGGGGGCCUACAUCCAAUCACACGCUACGUGAUGAACUACCUACGCGCUGCUUGCCGGUCACGGCAGACAUUGGAGCAAGUUUUUGAAGACUAUGGACAUCCGUUGAAGGAUUACCCUAAGCUUGAUGAUAGGGUCGCACCCAAUUCUUCACUCUCUGUGCAAAUGGAUUGGAUAAUGGAGCUGUUGGAGAGCAAUUUGGAGGCAAAGUCCAAAAUCUACAAUGAUCCUGCAUUGUGCUAUGUCUUCUUGAUGAACAAUGGGAGGUACAUUGUUCAGAAGGCGAAAGAUAGUGAAUUGGGAACUCUCUUGGGCGACGAUUGGAUCCGAAAACACACCGCAAAAGUUAGGCAGUACCAUGUGCAAUACCAGAGGAGUUCGUGGAACAAAGUUCUGGGGAUUUUAAAGCUUGAUGGUAGUAGUAACGGGUCAUUGGGGCCUAAUGGUCCAGCAAAGUCAAUGAAAGAGAAACUAAAAAUGUUCAACACACAGUUUGAGAAUUUAUGCAGGGUUCAGUCUUCUUGGUUUGUUUUCGAUGAGCAGCUUAGGGAAGAAAUAAGAAUUGCCCUUGAGAAGAUCUUGUUGCCUGCGUACGGAAGCUUCAUUGGAAGGUUCCAUACGGAACUUGGCAAGAAUGCUGAUAAGUACGUUAAGUAUGGAGUAGAGGACAUCGAAGUAAAGCUCAACGAUUUAUUUCAGGGUAGCAGUGGAUCAACCGGUAGCCGAAAGUGAAGGUAGGAGCUGCUAGUUGUUGUUGUUGUUGUGUGUAUGUAUUCGUAGUGUAAAUUAGAGUACAGAGUUUUGGUUAUCAGAGUUAGUACCUAGACAUCUGUAGCCUUCUGUUAUAAAUAGCACUGUAUGAUGUUCAUUUAUAUACAGUAUCAUUCUUCACUGAUGAAAGUUAUGUUGGAUUGAACUGUAAUCUGUAUUCUGUUAGUUGUUAGCCAUCAGAAUUACAAUAUUAAAAUCCUAAAUUUUUAGUUGUAACA